CGGUGGUUGCCGGCUUGCCGGUCGGGAUUACGUUCGUGUCCACUCGGAGGUUGGCAUCGUGUACAAAGCGCAUUUUGAUGCCGGUGUGUGUUGGUUAAAGUCAUCGAGAGUGAGACGUUGCACGCCAAGAUGCGUCCCGUAUUUUGUAUCGUUUACAUCACGUUAUUAUUCGCGUACGCGAACGCAAACACUGACGCACAACGGCAAACUAAAGGCAGUCAGGUGGAGCAGUUAAACGAGGAUAACUGGGAUCUUAUGCUUACGGGAGAGUGGAUGGUUGAGUUUUAUGCACCAUGGUGUCCUGCCUGUAAAGCACUUGAACCAAUCUGGGAGAAUCUUGCCUUGUCGAAGAAAGAUCUGAAUAUCAACGUUGGUAAAAUAGAUGUAACAGAUUCUCCAGGUCUUAGUGGAAGAUUUAUGGUUACAGCUUUACCUACGAUAUAUCAUGUACAUAAUGGAAUAUUCAGACAAUAUAAAAGUCCAAGGGAGAAAUCUGCAUUGAUUGAAUUUGUGUCCAAGAAGACAUGGACAAAAGUAGAUCCGAUACCUAGCUGGAAAAGUCCAACUUCGUACCACAUGUCAAUUUUAAGUCAAUUUUUCAAAUUAUCUCAAAUAUUACGAAAUAUUCACAACAAGCUUUUGGAAGAUGUUGGAUUACCUUUAUGGGGUAGUUAUGCAAUUUUUGCUCUUGCAACCAUUGUUUUGGGCACAAUAUUAGGACUGUUUAUUGUGUGUUUGAUCGACUUCAUCUAUCCACCAAAAUCUAUUCAGCAACAUAGCAAAAAGAAACAAACUGGCACAACAGAUGGCACUACUCAGGAGAAAAGUUCAGAUGAAGAUGAAAUUGCAGAAAAUAUUGGAGAUGAUUUAGUAGAUGAAGAAGAAUCUGAAGUAGAGGAAUCUGAGGCAAAGGAAUCCGAGGCAAAGGAAUCCGAGGCAAAGGAAUCCGAGGCAAAGGAAUCCGAGGCAAAGGAAUCUGAGACAAAGGAAUCUGAGGCAAAGGAAGUUGAAGCAAGUGAGAAAGAUAAAGAUACUAAAGCUGACACCAGUAGUCCUAAUGUUCGCAAGCGUAAGCCACGCAAGGCUGAUUAGAGGAUAUUAAUUUGUUUGUAAAUAUUCCACAAAUAUGAAAUUAAUUGCGACUAACUCUUAGUGGUAUACUCCCAAAGUCAUUCCUGUGCCGAUGCGAUAUGAUAUUAUCUUGCAUCUAAAAAUAUGAAUAAGUAGUAAGGAUCAACAGAGGAAGUGAUCAAAAAGAAAUGUCUGGUGUCUGUCGUCUCUUGUACAUGUUUAAAAGUUUCAGUGAAAGAAAAUUUUAGAUUAUCUGUAAACAUUUUCUUAUUCACAAAUACAUAUUGAAAAUCUGAGAAUGGAUACCUCAGGCAUUAUUUAAUAAAAGCUUAGGAUCUUGUGCGGGUGUUCCUGCUGUCGGAUAUUCUCAGGGCUUAAUCCUCUCGUUGAAGCAAUGAGAAAAUAUAAGCAUGUUAGAAGGAUUUUCUGUUUAAGAUCAUGAGUUACAUUUAAUAAAUUAGCAAGUUUAUUGGAUGGUAGCUGCAUGCAUUCUGGAACAAUUCUUAAACGAUUCUUUUGAAUACAAAGCGUCUACUUUUUGCAUGUGUUUAUUUACCAAACAUUUGAGACUGCAACAAAGGCUUAUAAAUCGAAGUAUUUGUAUGAAUUUUUUUUAUUAAAGGAAAA